AUGGGCGGGUGUGUGGGCGCCCAGCACGACUCCUCGGGCAGCCUCAACGAGAACUCGGAGGGCACCGGAGUUGCUUUAGGUCGCAACCAGCCUUUGAAAAAGGAGAAACCCAAAUGGAAAAGCGAUUACCCCAUGACAGAUGGACAGCUGCGCAGCAAAAGGGAUGAAUUUUGGGAUACUGCACCAGCUUUUGAAGGCCGUAAAGAGAUUUGGGAUGCCUUGAAGGCUGCAGCGCAUGCUUUUGAGAGCAAUGAUCAUGAACUGGCACAAGCAAUCAUCGAUGGUGCAAACAUAACGUUACCACAUGGUUCACUUACAGAGUGCUACGAUGAACUGGGAAACAGAUACCAGCUUCCAGUCUAUUGCCUGGCACCACCUAUCAACAUGAUAGAGGAAAAGAGCGACAUAGAGACUCUGGAUAUUCCUGAGCCACCUCCUAAUUCUGGAUAUGAAUGUCAGCUCCGUUUGCGCCUUUCCACUGGCAAAGACCUCAAGCUUGUAGUGCGCAGCACAGACACAGUGUACCACAUGAAGAGGCGGCUCCUCGCAGCAGAGGGGGUGGAGCCCAGCAGUCAGCGGUGGUUCUUUUCCGGCAGACCUCUCACCGACAAGAUGAAGUUGGAAGAGCUGAAGAUCCCAAAGGACUAUGUCGUACAGGUUAUAAUGAGCCAACCUUUGCAAAGCCCAGCACCAGUUGAGAACUGA